AUGUCUGUUGGAGGUAUAGAUGCCUUCCUCUACACGGCGCCUAACUGCCCCGGUCGUUUUGGGGGGGUCGGCAGCUACUUCGUCUGCACCAACCUGAGACGAAACACUUGCUGUGGCAUUGAUAUCAUCGACAGUCCCAUUCAGUCUGUUGGUCUUUACAAUAUCGGAGACGGGUUUACAGUACGGAUGCUCGCAUACAACGGGGGUAACUGUACCAAUCCCGUGGCUUGGCGAGGCAAUUCAUGGGGCAGACAGAUUUGCAUAUCGGAUAUGGGGUAUCGGUACACUGGUUGUGACUACAGCUUUGGUCUUGCUAAGAGGGAUGCGUCAAGAGACAAGGUUGGGUGUCAGAGGCCUGAUGUCCUUGUUAUACCUGACGGAACUGAGUAUGACUUGAGUCGCCUCAGUGAUGACAAUUUCGAGCAAAUCAUUGAGAUUAGCAUCAAAGCGACCAGCGCUUCUGACAUCCCUGCCAAGUUCCAGGCAGCUUGA